AUGAUGUUCAUCAAGUCCAAUGUUCUGGCUGCCAUGCUCGGCGCCUCUGCCGCUAGCGCCCAUAUGAUGAUGUCCUCGCCCACUCCUUACAGCAAGGACACUCUCAACAACUCCCCUCUGGCAGCGGACGGCAGCGACUUCCCUUGCAAGUUGCGCGACAAUACCUUCGAGGCCCCCGAAACCGAAACCGUCAUUGGAAUUGGCGAGUCCCACCCCCUGACCUUCGUCGGCAGCGCCACCCACGGUGGUGGCUCCUGCCAGAUCAGUUUGACCACCGAUCUGCAGCCCUCCAAGGACUCCGAAUGGAAGGUGAUCAAGUCAUUCGAAGGUGGCUGCCCUGCCAACGUCGACGGCAACCUGUCUGGUGGCGCCGAUGCCCCCGAUCCCGACACCUUCAGCUUCAAGAUCCCCGAGGGCAUCGCCGCUGGCAAGUAUACCCUGGCCUGGACCUGGUUCAACCGCAUCGGCAACCGCGAGAUGUACAUGAACUGCGCUCCCAUCACCGUCUCCAGCAGCUCUUCCAAGCGUUCCGUCGACGAGGACAACGAACUGUACUCCAACAACACUCAGGUCUUUGACAAGCGAUCCUCCACCUUCCCUCCCAUGUUCGUCGCCAACGUCAACGGCUGCAUCACCAAGGAGGGCGUUGAUAUUCGUUUCCCACAACCCGGUGAAUAUGUCGAAUACCUCGGUAAAGCCUCCAACCUCGCCGCCAAAGGCUCUGAGGCAUGCACUGGCACCCCUACCUUUGGCGGUGCCGGUGAUACCAGCUCCGGAUCGUCCUCCAGCUCUGGCUCCGACUCCAGCUCCGGGUCCUCCGGCUCUUCUUCUGCCGCUGCCGCCAGCGCCCCCAGCGAAACCGCCUCUGUUUCCGUGGCCCCUGCUCCUGUUGCUACCCCCUCAAGCGCCCCUUCUUCCCCUGACACUGGUUCAUCCGGCUCUGAGUCUGGCUCUUCCGGGUCUGACUCUAGUUCCUCUACCACUCAAGCUGCUCCUGCUUCUCCAUCGCCUUCCACUGGUGGCUCCACCACUAGCUCCGGCGCAUUGACGGGUGCCUGCAGCUCUGAGGGUCAGUGGAACUGCAUUGCAGGCACCUCUUUCCAGCGCUGUGCAAAUGGAAGUUGGUCCGCCUCGCAACAGAUGGCUGCAGGAACUCAGUGUGGUGCUGGUCUGAGCUCUGAUCUUUCUAUCACUGCUACCAUGCAGGCUCGCCAUGUCUCGGCUAUGCGCUUCCGCAAGCGUCACAUUGGUGGUCACCACGCAUAA